UCCUGCCCCGCCCCUCGCCCCCUCCCCCCGCGGAGGGUGACGGGCGCUUCCUCGCCCGCAGCUGCCGCCGCUUCAGCCGCUGUUGCUGCCGCCACCGCCUCGCCGCGGCUCCGCUGCCGCCUGCCUCGGCACCGCGGCGGCCCUGGUAGCCCUCUCCCCCCGGCUUCCGCGGCCGGCCUCCUCGCGUCGCCCCGGCUCCUCUCUCUCAGCGGACGCCCGAGCCCGGCCAUGGCGGACUUUGACGAGAUCUACGAGGAGGAGGAGGACGAGGAGCGAGCGUUGGAGGAGCAGCUCCUCAAGUACUCUCCUGACCCGGUGGUGGUGCGCGGCUCCGGCCAUGUCACCGUGUUUGGGCUGAGCAACAAAUUUGAAGCAGAAUUUCCUUCAUCUUUAACUGGAAAGGUUGCACCUGAAGAAUUUAAAGCUAGCAUCAGUAGAGUUAACAGCUGUCUUAAGAAGAACCUUCCAGUUAAUGUACGAUGGCUACUAUGUGGAUGCCUUUGCUGCUGCUGCACUUUAGGUUGUAGUAUGUGGCCAGUUAUCUGCCUCAGUAAAAGAACACGAAGAUCGAUUGAGAAGUUAUUAGAAUGGGAAAACAAUAGGUUAUACCACAAGCUGUGCUUGCAUUGGAGACUAAGCAAAAGGAAAUGUGAAACGAAUAACAUGAUGGAAUAUGUCAUCCUUAUAGAAUUUUUACCAAAGACACCGAUUUUUCGACCAGAUUAGCAUUUGACUUAUUUCUAGAGACUUAUUAAAGUAUGUUGUCUUUCCAAUGGUGCCUUGCUUGGUGCUCUCCUGGUGGUGACAUAGCAUUGGUUCUACAGAAUCUUGUGGUGUUUUCAUGCUUUUUUAUUUGAGGUUUUUGUGGCUUGUUUUGUUUUGUUUUUGUGUGCUUUUUUUUUUUUAAGAGCAUGUUCUAAGUGCAUUUGGUCAAACUCUGCAAAGUAAUUUCACACAAAUGUUAACUACUACUUAAGUUAUUGUUACUUUUGCUACUUCUGUUUGUUAAUGUAUCUUGAUUUUUUUUCAAAAAGUCUUUUUACAUGUGUGCGCGCGUGUGUGUACAUACAUAUAUAUGACUAUAAAUACACAGCUGAAAAUGGUAUACAAGUGAGCAGGUAUUUUCUUUAACCCAAAAUGACACAACUGAUUGAUUUGUAUUUUGUGUAAAUCCUUGCAAUCAUUCGUUUACAUUCUGAAGUACCUCCUAAGGUCUUCCUCAAGUUUUGCCAGUGGCUAGUUAAGUGUAAGUUGUUGGGGUUUUUUGUUGUUGUUGGAAGAGGCUAGCUGCUAUCCCAAAAAGGAGGAGGUAGAGUUCUUUUGAAAGUAUGCUUUUUGGAACCCAAACAUCAUUGCAUUAGUAGAAGACUCUGUGCUUUUCAUGAAGAAGUCCUGUCAGCUGGUUCUGAAAAAGUUCCAAUUUAAAGGUUGAAAAAAAUAAAAGGCACCAAAAUAGAAUUAUUUUAUUCAGACUAGAAGAAUUGCUGAGAGAAUUGCAUGCAUCUGGUUAGUAGAACUCAAGACCACAAAAAUAUAUUAAUAUUGCAGUUUAUAAUGUAUCUGUUUGAAUUCAGGUGAAUGCCAUGUAUCAGCUUUAUGACUACUGUUUACCAGAUCCUGUACAGGGGAGUACAGAAGGAUUUGUUUUAGUAAACCUAAUGUCCAAGAGGACGUUUUGGGACUUCUUUGUUGUCUUGUCGUUUCAAAGCCAUGUAAGCAGGAAAAAAAAGUUACUGAAGAAAUCUUGAACAGUACAGUUCCAGAUGCAAAUGUGGAUGCCUUGUAUUAAAAAUAGUUAAUAGGUUACGCUGGGCAGCAGUAUAAGUUUAAAAGUAUAGGUAAUUAUUUAUUGCACCCUUGCUUCUGCUCAUUUUGGUUUACAGAGCUUAUUUUCUGCACAAGUAUAAGACUUUUUUUAACUGGAUAUAUGAUGUAUACUUGGGUCAGGCCAGUUGUAUUUUGUUUCUUCUAUUUGUAUCUUAGUUGUACAUAUCUUCACUCAUAGGCUUUAAAAAAAUUCCAACCCAACCACAUUUUAAAAUUUACUUUACACAUCUAAAAUUACUAUACAUGAACAUUAAUGUAAGUUAAGAAUAUGUUCCUUGUACAGUUGUGGUAGCAAGCAAUAAUGUGAAUAUAUGAAAAAACAGAUAUACUCCGCUUAAUAUUUGUAUGAAUGAAAAGUUGAUACCACUAUGACAAUAAUCUCUUUUUAAUCUUUUAAAUACAAGUUUUAUUUCAAGGUAAUAUAUUACAGAUACCUUGAUGCUGUGAACUAUUUUUCUAUGUCUUAAAAAUAUUUAUUCUCUGUAAAAUAUUCUCUAGUAUUAUAUUCCUAAAUUGUUGAUAGUGGGAAUGGUCUAAAAAGUUUUACAUUUUCUUAAAUCUCAGCCUUCUGUGUCUGUUCCCAGAACUCAUCCUUUGCUUAGCUUUUGUCUGUGGAUUCGUACUGUUUACUUUGAAAAUAGCUCAGCUAUGCUUUUCAUACAAGCCUACAAGUGUAUUUCUUUGACUUGACAGAAUAAGAUUUUUGGUUAACAAAUACCAGUUUUGUGCUGCCUCAGCCUUCUGGGUCCAACAACGGUUUCUCUUUGAAGUAGCUGGUUAUAAUAUUUUUAAAAAUCAGUUUCAGCUGCUGCUUUACUACAAAUCCGGGUCUGCAGCACUCCACCUCUCACUCAGAAGUAUUUGUUAUAAUCUUGGUACAGUUCCAGCCUGUGAGGGAGACCAGAAGCCUAACAUUGAUGGCAGCUGCGGCUGUGGAGGUUAGAGGUGCAGGGGAGAGAUUGGAACUGAACAGAAAUUAUAACUGAUUAUGAAUACUGACCAGUAAUACAUGUUCAUUUCUUCAGGUGUCAGUUUUCAGUAAAAUGAGUACUGAGUCACAGAAGGCCUAGAUUUUAUCAUCAAAAUUCUCAUUGACUGUAUAGAUCAGUUUGUGUCAUGGAUGCAGUUUUCCACUGGUGAUUCCUUAGUGUGGAGGGUUAAGUUGGACGUGGCUUGUGAUAUGUUCGUAGCAGCACUGCCUUCAGUGUGAGCUAUUCACCCUAGUUUACUACCCAGACUUUCCGUACUGUGUUCUGUGUCCUUGCUCACAGCACACAAACCUACCUACAGUAAAGCUAAUUUGAGCAUGACAUGUGCUGAAAUCAGAAGCAGUGAAUAGAACGUGUCUUACAUGUUUACAAAGAGUAUCUCGUUAGUAAAGCUACCUCUUAUGUGGUAGUGGUGGUUAAGAACUUGUCCACUUUUAGGUGCAUCUACUUGGUUAGCAGGAAUUCCAGUAUUUUUAACUAUGACUUUCUGAGAGUACUUCUAUAGGGGUCCAAAGUAGAGCUCUGGGUAAGUAAACUAUUUACCUCUUAAAGCAUUUCUGGUAUUUUAUUUAAACAAAGUCUCCAACUUGAAAUACAACCAGGAAACUUGAGAAACUGCGUGUGUAUAGAUGAGUUUUGCUCAAAAGUGUAACUCUUCUAUUGAGGUAGUACACUCACUUGGUAAGAAUGUAAUAAAACAGUUUCAUACAAUCCCUUUUGAUUUGUUUCAUUACAGUGAUAGAAAUUGAACAUGACAGGAACUUUAAUCAACUAUUUAAUGCCUGCAGCAGUAACCAGGAUUUUCCUUUGAUGUUGUUUCUAAAAUACUAAAUCUUCUUUGUGUGCUAGUGAGAAGACAUAGGUAACUUUUUUUUUUUUUUGGUCCAUUUGGGAAAAAAUGAAGUUACAGGAGUCUGAGCAGUCCAGAAACAAUUGUAAGAUUUUCAGGAUGUAGCCUACUCUUUGCUAAAAUAAGUAUUACAUUGUACUAACUUGUUUGGUUUCUUGAAACUCGGCAGUUCCUACAAAUCUUACCUAUUUCCUAUUUCUUUGAAUAGUAGAAGUUACUCAGAUGUGAAACGUAAUCUUUCAGUCAUUUUCUUAAAUGAUACUAUUUUAUAAAUCUCUACACCAUGGUGUUUAAGGGUAGUACUUUAUCUCUGAAAUAAAUGCUUACUUAUAAGUAAUUUUUUUUUGUUAGCCCUGAGGAUUGUAGGGACAAGCUUUAAAGUGCAAUCUGUAACUUCUCAGAAGCCAGAAGGCAAAGAAAAAGAACUAGUCUUUAUUCCCUUCCCUCCACUCCUCACCCCAAAGUCUUAAUUUUAAAUCAGCCCCCUUGUUUUGGGAGCCCUAGCUUAUGGUUUUUGAGCAGCUGGCAAUAAUGCACAUUGUUCAGCAAAAAAAACCCAUUUGAAUUCAGAACAAUCUAAAGAGAUCACUUUAAUUGACGAGGCAAAAGACUUUUUCAGCAAAGAAAAUCCCUGGUUCUUUUAAGUUCUCCCAGCACUGCUGUUGAGUAAUUAAAAGAAGGACCGUGAUGACCCUACAUUAGGUCAAAAUCCAAAUGAUUUUGUGUAAAGGAAAUGCUCAAUUAGAGAGGUCUCGGAGCCCCAAAUGUCUUAGAUCCAUAGUAGCUACUUAUUAAGGGUAAGUGGCACUGGCUAGUUUUGUAUCCGUGUCUAAAAUCAUUUAUGUUCCUCUUCAGGAACCUUGCUUGGAAAAAGAAAGCAUUUUAGAAAUAAGAUCUGUAUUCAUCACUGCUAAUUUGCUGUAAUUUCCUUGUUGCUUCUCCCUAAAGCCACAUUUCAUUUCAUUCACCAACACCUAAGUCUGUGAUCGUUACAAUGCCUUUAAGAGCCAUAUUGUAGGUAGAAAUAUUAAAUUCUCAGGGACUAAUAGGAAAUAUGAAAAUCGAAUUAAUGAGCUGUACGCCUGUCUGCAUGAAGGCAUACUUUGCAAAUGGCACCCUAGAAAACUUUUGAUUGUAAUAUGCAUGACCAUUAUGAAUGUUAUCAAUAUACACCUAUGAGAACUCCCUUUACGCACUAUUGUUAGGCUGCUGAAUGGCCAAGUACGUUGAGUAAGGAUAAAUGAAGGGUUUUUUACUGGUUUGGCUAAAGUUGUUAUUUCUAAUGGUGCUACUCUCUUAAUUCCCAUGUUUCGAGUUCUUGCUGUAGGCUGGUUAAAUCGGGUGAUACUGGUGCAAUGAGAAAACAAUAUAAUUCUUAAGGAAGUGGAAAAAAUUCGAGGGCAACUUUUCAAGCAAAAAAUUUCACUGCUGAAAAUAUCAUGCAUUUAUUCUUCAUUAGUUACAAGUAUCCAUUUGGGCUGUGUUGUUAUGUGUUUUGCAGUUCAUAAUUUUUUAGCAUCUUUUUGCAGACUAUUUUAGUCAGCAUGGGCUGAAUUAGAGACUAUUUUUGAAAGUUUAAAAUGUGAAUCCUUGCAUGAAACUUUGUAUGCUAACACGUGUGUGUGUGUGUGUCUACACCACAUGGGUAAUACAUGUUUUAUAAACAGUAUUUUAUUGUUUUCAUGGAAGAUGCCUUUAAAAAAUGAUUCUGCUUCGUUUAUCUCAUUAAUAUUUCAUUAAGAUUUAUUUUUAUGAAUAAAGAUUCAUAAAUACUUGACUCCUUCGAAUACAACAGACCAUUAGGAAAGAUUUAGUGAGGCAAAAGAUGAAACGUGGGAAUUAAAAAAAGCAACAGCUGAAAGGCUGAAUUUGGCAAUUAAGUUUGAAAUUCUCUCAGUAUAUUGGAAAAUAGUUUUGAAUUGAAUAAUGGAAAUGAAGGAGAAGCUAGCAAUCUGUUUCAGUAUUUAUGUAGGCUAUCUUAAUUUCGAUUACAUUUUUUUUUCUUCCAACAAUUGUGAUGUUAAUUCAUUUUGGUUAUGCCCUAAUUGAUUGACAGUUCUGCUUGCUCUUGGGCAGAUUUUGAGGUAAGAUUCCUUCUAAACUCAGCGUCUUUUAGUUUAAAAUAUCCAGACCAAAAUGGAACGGCUGAUGAGAGCCGUGCAGCGACUACAGAACAAUCUUUUCCUGAGCUGGAGCCUGUAAUGCACGGCUAAUUGUUUCCAAAGAAAAUUCUUGACUUGUCCAGACAGCUCCUGUCAUGUGACAGUAUAUCUAAGGCCCAGGAGUAGGAUCUAGUUAGGAUAAUUUAAGUUCAGGUAAGUAAGAGAGUCUUUUGUAAUUAGUUUUAUCUUUUAUGGAGAAGUGAAGCGUUGACAACUGCUCACUUUUUGAGAGCAUAUAGUAGAUUUUAUCAUGUUUAUUGAAAUAUGCUUUUCCCCUGCCCCUCCUCUUUUGUAACUUAAUUAAAAGUUACUUUGCCUUGUGUUGAAAACUAGACUUGGUAGUUAGUUGAAGAUUUUUUUUUUGGUUGCAGUGUUUUAGGUUUGUGUAUAAAUUUUUCUUUUUUUAAAUCACAUUUAGGAAUGUUUCAAGAAGUCAGAUACUUUGAUGCAGUGUAACUGACAUUUUUAGUUGGCUCUGUGUUUAAACUGAUUUCAUUGAACCAAUAUGAGUAUCUCACUGAUCUGCUUUAAAUGUGUAUCUCUGAUCCUUCUGUGCUUACAACAAGCUUUCUAACCUGUUAGGAUACACAGUGUACCUAUUUAUUAAUAUUGUCAGUGAGCAGCUUAGUUCAACAAGAUAACUAGGAAUCCAAAGUAGUUCCCAGGUUGAAAAAUGUAGCUUGGAUUCUUGUUUCCGUAAAACAGUGAGUAUAACAAUUGGAAUACAAAACUAAUUCCAAAUACAAAUUACAAUCAGUAAACUACAAAAACAGUGCCUGGGUGUUGUGUGCUAAAUUAGUCCUGUGUAAUUCAUGUUGCUUUUAAAAGAAUUUGCAGAGAAUUGCAUCGGAUUGUGUGUGCUUAGGAAAAACCUGUUAAACGCACAGGGCGGUGAUGGUAAAUAAGUCACUGAAAGGAUGUUAUCUUUCAAGAAGGCAAACUUAGAAGCCAGCAUUUUGGACUAUGUUAAAAUUCUAUUUCAGGCAGAAAAUGCAUAAGCAAUAACUUACCCCAGAACUGUACAUUAAAGAAGCUGCUAUUUAUACAGAGACCUGGUGGUAAUUUUGCCUGUCAAGCAUCUCCUCUCGUAAAGAGUUUAGAACGAUAGGGUAGCUGCAAUUUCCACUAUUGUAACAUUCCGCUUCAAAUAUUUUAAGUCCGGGUGAGAGAAUGAAAGCUUAGAGGCCAGUACUGUGUUCACAGGGUGCAUGGCUUUGGGAGGAGGGGAUAGGAAGAAAACAACUUUUUUUUUUUUUAAAGGCUGCAUAAUUGUAUAUAUGCAUAUUUAAGAGUAUUUAACCAUGUCUACUAAAUUACUGAAGUUAAUCUAUUGUUGAAUUAUAGAAUAUUAUUUAAUACAUCGACACUGUUUUCUCCUGACCUGACCCAGAAUUGGAAUGGACUCCAAUAUAAUUUUUUAAAGCAUUUCUUAAGUUGUAUGUAUUAUAAACUAAUAAAAUAA